CUCUUUCCUCAAGAGGCAAGAGAUAACUUCAUUCGAAGAGAAACAGGUGCUGCUAGCUGUUAUUUGAGAGGAAUCUUUUAUGGGGUGCGGCAGCAAUACCUGUGCAAAGGUCGCUCCACCUUGUACGACAAGCAGCACAACUACAGAGGCUCAGAGAAUAAAUGGGAGGACACCAGCAAAACGCUCUGCUGCAAGUCCGAAGCCACAAGUGCCUCCAAAACCAUUACAUCUGCAGAAUUCACCUUCAUCCCAUAUACCCCAAGUCCCCAGGCAUAAAGCUUUACCUAGUGCAAAGCCAAGGAUGGAGGAGUCUAAUCCUGCCCCUACUUCUUGUGCCUCAAAAGGGAAACAUAGUAAGGUAUCGGAUCUCAUCAGUCACUUUGAAGGAGGCAGUGUUUUGUCAAGUUACAUUGACUUGCAAAAAGAUUCUACUAUGAACCUAAAUAUUCCUCAAACUCCAGGACUGCAUGGGUUAACUUCCACACCUCCACGAAAAUUCCUAUCCCAGCACUCUCCACAAAAGCAGGAAAACGAUCCAGAUCAGACUCAGGGCCAACAUGGUUAUUUGGCCAAUGGUGUGGUGGCUGCACAAAACCAGAUGGAAUGUGAAGAUGAGCAGGAGACUGCUCUUAGCCCAGAGACAACUAUUCAGCCAGCUGCCACCUCUCCUGAUACACAUGUGCUGAAUGGAGAAAGAAAUGAAACCACCACAGAUUCUGUAUCAUCUAUAACCAAUAGCCAUGAUGAAAAUGCUUCCAACAGCAGCUUCAGGACUCCAGGGUCUGACUUAGGGCUUCCCUCAAAAGAAGGAGAGCCAGGGAUGGAAGCUGAGCUCCAAGAGAGGGAAAAUGGGGUGACCACCAUGGGAUUAGAUACGCUGGACCAGCACCAUGACGUGAAGGAGACUAAUGAGCAGAAACUUCACAAAAUAGCCACUGAACUUUUGCUUACAGAGAGAGCUUAUGUCGGUCGGCUCAACCUCCUAGACCAGGUAUUUUAUUGCAAACUAUUAGAAGAGGCAAACCGAGGCUCAUUUCCUGCAGAGAUGGUGAAUAAAAUCUUUUCUAAUAUUUCAUCAAUAAAUGCCUUCCAUAGUAAAUUCCUAUUACCUGAGCUGGAGAAGCGAAUGCAAGAAUGGGAAACCACACCCAGAAUUGGAGAUAUCCUGCAAAAGUUGGCACCAUUCCUUAAGAUGUAUGGAGAAUAUGUAAAGGGAUUUGAUAAUGCGGUGGAACUGGUUAAAAACAUGACAGAGCGUGUUCCUCAGUUUAAAUCAGUGACUGAAGAGAUUCAGAAACAGAAGAUCUGUGGAAGCUUAACCCUGCAGCAUCAUAUGCUGGAGCCCAUUCAGCGGAUCCCUCGCUAUGAGAUGCUCCUGAAGGACUACCUGAAGAAGUUGUCUCCUGACUCCCCAGACUGGAAUGAUGCAAAAAAAUCCCUUGAAAUUAUAUCUACAGCAGCAAGCCAUUCUAAUAGUGCAAUAAGAAAAAUGGAGAACCUGAAGAAACUUUUAGAAAUUUAUGAGAUGUUGGGAGAAGAAGAGGAUAUUGUAAAUCCCUCAAAUGAACUAAUAAAAGAAGGACAAAUCCUCAAACUAGCAGCUCGGAACACAUCUGCACAAGAGCGCUACCUCUUCUUAUUCAACAACAUGUUGCUAUAUUGUGUGCCCAGAUUCAGCUUGGUGGGCUCAAAAUUCACAGUUCGAACCAGAGUUGGCAUUGAUGGAAUGAAAAUUGUGGAGACUCACAAUGAAGAAUAUCCACACACUUUCCAGGUGUCUGGGAAAGAAAGAACCCUGGAGCUGCAGGCCAGUUCUGAGCAAGACAAAGAAGAAUGGAUCAAGGCCCUUCAAGAGAGUAUUGAUGCUUUUCAUCAAAGACAUGAAACCUUCAGAAAUGCUAUUGCAAAGGAAAAUGACAUUCCCCUAGAAGUUUCUACAGCUGAGCUAGGAAAACGAGCCCCAAGAUGGAUACGUGAUAACGAAGUGACCAUGUGCAUGAAGUGCAAAGAGUCCUUCAAUGCACUGACCAGAAGGCGGCAUCACUGUCGGGCAUGUGGACAUGUGGUUUGUUGGAAAUGUUCUGACUACAAAGCUCAACUUGAGUAUGACGGUGGAAGAUGGAACAAGGUUUGUAAAGACUGUUACCAGAUAAUAAGUGGAUUCACAGACAGCGAAGAAAAGAAAAGAAGGGGCAUUUUAGAGAUUGAAUCAGCAGAAGUAUCAGGAAAUAGUGAGGUGUGCAGUUUUCUCCAGUACAUGGAAAAAUCAAAACCUUGGCAGAAAAUAUGGUGUGUGAUCCCCAAGCAAGACCCCCUUGUGCUGUACAUGUAUGGUGCUCCUCAGGAUGUCAGAGCCCAGGCGACCAUACCCCUCCUGGGCUACAUUGUGGAUGACAUGCCUAAGAGUGCAGAUCUGCCACACAGUUUCAAACUGACCCAGUCCAAGUCUGUGCACAGCUUUGCUGCAGACAGUGAGGAACUAAAACAGAAAUGGCUGAAAAUCAUCCUUCUAGCUGUCACAGGUGAGACACCAGAUGGCCCAACUGAGCAUCUAGCCACCUUGAACAAUCUCCCUGGACCGAAGAAAAAGUCAGAAUGCUAAACUUCAGCAGCUGCCAGUAUGGAGUCUCCAGUAACACAUAGCUCAAGACAUCCCCAGCUCUCCCUCCUCGUCUCUUAGCACUUUGCAUUGAGAAAUAUGGUUUCAUAAACACAUCUUUUGGGGACUGCUUUCAUAUGUUUAUAUAUAGUAAAAUCAGUGUGCAGAGUCAUUCUUCUGUUAAAGUUCUGAAAUAAUGUGGAAAGUGGAACCUUUUUUGAUAAGCUAUUCCUUAACUGUGUAUGUUUGCCUUGAGAGAGGGGAAAAAUGUUAAUUGAAUCACUACAUGGUUAUAAUGGGCCUUUCAUUUAAGAACUCCUUCAGUGUCUUGUUCACAUGUAGGACUUGUACCAGUGUGAAAGAUAUACCUCCGUGUAACCAAAAUAGAUCUAUGGUAUAAAAAAAAAGUACA